AGUUAAAGAAAAUGAAGGAAUGGAUUGGUUUUCCAUCGUUUAUUAAGAAUCCUGUCAAGCUGAACAAAUUUUAUGAAAAUGUAAGUUUUUAAUCUUUAGUCUCACAUCAGAUACAGUAUGUACGUUAUACUGUACAGUGUAUGAUGUCCGCAUAGCGAAAACAAGUCAGAAUUAAAUAUGUUAUCUAUCAUGUGUUUUAGGUUCAGGUCAAUCAAUAUACUGUUUUGCAAAAUACACUAAGUAUUUUCAAAGAUCAAGUUCUGAAGAAAAUAAAUAAACUAGGAAAGCCUCCAGACAAUAGCAGGUAUUCCACCCAAAGGAAAUGUAAUUGAUUGUGUUCAUUGUUGAUGUCUGCUAAAGCAACAUUAAUUACAAGGGGGAUCUACCGUGUGGUUUCUAUCACCCCCCAGAGAAGUGCAGCACCACCCUAAAAAUAAGCUUGACUAUAGUUUCUACUUUUCGAACAACGAUUAGAGGAACUUCUAUUGUUAGUGCUUGUCGAUUUCUUGGAACGAUUUAAUUAAUUUGCGAGCUCAUGAGAAAAUACUCAGAGUGGUCUAGUUAAAUUUAUGCCAUAUUUACAAAAAUACUGUACGUUAACAAGCAAAUUUACUGCAACUGUCCAUUCACGCAUGCCUGGUAAAAGUCCGAUAUAAACUUUAUAAAGAAAAGAUAAUGUAAAACAUAACAGAACGGCGAACAUGCAGAUUCGGCCAUCUCAAUAUGGUAGUACUACAUAGUCGUAGGAUAGUAGCGUUGCAGACUGCGGAAGAGAAUGGGCAGUUAGGCUCCCUCAUGCACCACUCCAUGGAAAACCUGCACCCUUCUUUGCAGACAAGGCUACAAUCUUUGCCAGAAACUAUGGGACAGCUGCCACGUUCCCCCAGUUCAAUGUUGGGCCAACAAAAAUCUGAUGUCUGGAUGCACGGCGCCAACAUUGAAACGGGUGGGGGGAGGGAGGGUGGAAAAAAUGUAUCAGGCAAUGGUAUAUUACAACCGAAUGCAUGUGAAAACUAGAUUGUCCCAAUGUAUAUUGUCAAAGAUUGUAGAUCUGCCCUUGGUCAGGGAACAGUUUCCUUCUUUACAGCAAUAUAUUCUAGAAUUGAGUAUCGCGUUCUUAACUUCAAUCAAUAAGUCGAUGAAUAACUCCAUCGCUAAAUAAAUCAGUAAAUCAUAGGCGGAUCUACUGCCGGGGAAGAACGGCGGUGCGUCCCCUCCCCCUAUUGCUGUCCAGCUCCGCUUAAUGGUGCAGUCCAACGCCCCCUUGAAGAGAAACCUGUGGUAUUCCAUAUUAACUUUAGAUUUCCCGCUUUGAAACGAUUGAAUAAUUUUGAGUAGGCGUUAUGCCAUGCAUACGAUCACUAUCGUACGUACUUCAUGUUAGGACUAUACACUACGUAUCCGCAUCAGAUGCGUGAUCAUGUCGCAAAAGUUGAUAUGUUGCUGUUUCAUGAUGAUUUCAACAAAACUAGAAAAUACAUGCAUGCAGAAACCCUCGCCUUCUGACAAAACCAUUGUAUUUUCCGAACAAGAAGUAUUUAAAGUAGUUGUCAUGGUAACACGAUAAUUUUUUAGGAAUAUUUUACAAAUGAAAAAUCCCCUAAAAAUAUCACUUUAAUUACAAAAUUACAAAUUUCCCAAACAUAUUUGUUAGGUUAUGUUAUGUUAUUAUACGUAAUAUAAGCUUCAAUUUAAGGUAAAAUUCAAUCACAAACGCUUCGCAAAACGUUUUAAAGUGUUCUUUAUAUUAAAACUAAACUGCCUUUUGGCUUUAUCGAUAAACUUUGAGUUUGAAAUAAAAUGAUUUCAACUUCUCGCAUGCAAAUAACUUUGCUUUCUUUUUUAUUUCAAAAAUUUAAUAUAAUAAAAAAGGGUAGUCAAUAAAGUAUACACUAAAAUUAUAUAUGCCGUCUUGUUUCCUUUAAUAUACGGCUUUUAAGGCAAUUAUAAAGCAAACAAUACAUUAAUAUUUAAAACAAACUUACCUUCGUUAACAUGGGCGCCUUUGCUCCCUUGUUUUAGCCGAUUCUUUCGCCCUCUUGAAAACAUAAAAAUUUUUAACAUCAGCAUUAUUUUGGAGCGCUCUCAAAAAGUGUUAUAAACAACAUUAUAUGUAAAAAUGCUUGGUAAUGCUUGGUAAAAAUCAAAACGGGACUGUUUAACUGUCAUAAACAAGAAUUUAGAGAUUUUGUUUCAAACUCGCUCUAUUUUAGCAUUUUGAUUUUUUGCUCCCCAAUGGGCGCGUUCCCUUUCUUUGACUGAAUUAAGUUUACAAUGCCCCCUCUAGUGUUAUUUAUAAUCUCUAUGUCUCCAUCCCCCUCUGGUAAACCUCUACCCCUUCUAGGAAACGAGGCCAGACCCGUCCUUCAAUUAAUAAUGAAUCAACAAAUCAAUUCAAUAAAAAUAUUUCAAUUUUCAACCAAUACCAUUUACAUAAUUUAGUAACAAUGCAACUAUAUACAUUACUCAAAACUGGUUUAUAUUAAUAUCAGCGGCAAGGAGUCAUCCAGCGACCAUAGGACUUAGGCGUAAAAAAAUACCCUAUUUUUUCUGCCGACCCUAUUAUUUUUUCAACGCGAUUGACUGUGCGACCCUAUUCUCUCCGAGUGGUUGCGGGCUGCUGCCAAAAUGGCGUCUGUUGUCACACUAAUUAUUGAAAAAAAAAACAUGAAAAAAUUAUUCAAAAAAAAUAUUUCCGACCUACCGACCCUAAUUUUUUCGCGAUAUGAAACCGGAACCACAAGUAUUUUUUUACGCCUUAUGAAUAGGAUGUCUCCUUUGAGCCGUUAAUUAAAUACGUGAAUAUUAAAAGUGAGAUAACUCAGACAGCAAUAACAGUGAACGUAAUCAUAAAUGUAUGACUCAAUUAAGUAAGUAUAAAGUAUUUCAGUAUGUCUCAGUGUUUGCAACAGUACCAGUAAGGGAAUUCAGUAUACCAAUAAGUAGAAACACCUUCUAUGUGUACAAAUGCCUUCUUUUAAGACAUCUUUGUAUUUUCUAUACAGAUUUUUAUUACCACCUCUUACAGUCAAUGCAUUGUAUAAUCCUUUGACAAACGCCAUGGGUAAGUCUAGCAUUACCUUUAAAUAAAUCCUCUUUACUAAUUAUUUUCUUCGUGCUCUUCGCCCUCCUUCUAUCAUUCAUUACCUACCUAUCUACCUAUCUACCUUACGUAUCAAUCAUAGAUAUAUUAUAUACACUAGAUAGUGCAUGCAACUAAUUAUUCUGCAAUUCAAAAAUUGAAACCGUGAUUGCAGUUUCAGGAUAUUCCCAUGAAAUGAGAAUAUUUACAUGUUUUCUAUUUUAUAACAGGGAACUUAAACAUUAAGUUAAACAUAUUCCAAAUACAUUUUUAAACUAUUCAAAUGAUGAAAGUUGUUGUCUUUUAAGCGUUUAUUAGCCAGUGGGAACUACCAACAUGGCCGCUAUCUAUUCAAAUGGGGGUAACCGCUGGAAUAUUCUUGGCUUCAAUUUCACUAAAAGAGAUGCGCUAUCUAGUGUAUAUAAGAUAUCUAUGGUAUCAACGGGCUGCCCACUUCAUUCAUUUUAUUUUCAUGGGCUUUUUCAUAUGUGUGUUGACCAAAUUUUUAUUGCUUAUCUUGCAGCUAUCUUGGCAGGAAUAUUACAACCACCUUUCUACAAAGACGACAGGCUGAAGUAAAUGAUUCUGUUUUGUUUUGUGUGUGUCACUAGAAGACUGCGCAGCUCAUAACUAUUGCUUUUGUGAAUUUCAGAGCGUUGAAUUAUGGUUCUCUUGGUAUGAUCGUAGGACAUGAAAUGACACAUGGCUUUGACAAUAUAGGUAGGAUGAUACAAUUAAGCGCCAAACUUAAAAAAAAACUUGAAAACUUAAAUUAAUUUUUUGUGUCAUUCAAACGAGUGAGUAAAUGAUCUAUUCGCAUGUGUUGCAUGCAUCCAUGUAAGUGAUAGAUACUGAACUUGCUAAUUCUGUUUAGUAUAUAAUUUCGGUAUUGAAAAAUGACCUUUAAGCAUCUCACUGGCUUCCUUUGUAAAGUUUGUAAAGCAUCACCCAAAAAAAUGGUUGAAAAUCAGACGGAAGUGAAUUAUUUAUACAAAUUAUAUUCAUAAAAUAAACGCGUGUAUUAGUCCCCGGGCCAACGGCGCGGAGCGCAAUGGCGAGGGUACUAAUUCCGCCCGGCUAUUUACACCCGGGUAAAGGAACUCACUAGCGACAGUGAACUCUACUAUAUACUGGAACGAUAAGAGUAAAUAGGAGAUAGCGUGGGUAAAUAAAAUUUUUCUAUCUAUCUACAAUCAUACCGAAUGGAAUGUCCAGUGACAGGCACCAUUUAAACAAGUUGAUCCUUGUUCAAAAAUCAAUAGUUAUAAGAAAUAAAAGUAAAAUAAGAGUAAAAUAAUACAAUACUUAUCUUUUAAUUAAUGAUUUGUCGGCUUCAGUCCACUAAUAUAGCCCAAACUGAACCAUCCUCGUUCCCUGGGCUUCUGGGCUGCCUCGCAUUUCAAGUAAAAAUCCGAAAUUUCUUGGCCUUUGAAUGAUUGAAUCCACACUUGUGAAAAUAUAUUAACACGCUUUCUCUUGCUCCGACUCCUGGUGACAAGCCCACGCAAAAAUUAUGCGUGUUUUAUACCUACAAAACGAGCUUCAGGCAAGUAUGGGCAUGUUUAUUAGCAGUUAAAAACUCAAUAAUUCAGGAGGAAAACACAAAGAAAAAUCAUAAGCGUGUCGUGGUUUUAUAUGUGAUAAAAAAUCAUGUUAAUUUACAUAAACUUUAGCUUUGACUUUCUCGGUUUAGACAAAGUUUAUUUUAAAAAUUACUUCGCUAAUGUACUCAUCAGAAGAUGGGUCGUUUUUUAAGCCAUUUAAAGCACUCGUAGUCGUGUUUUACCACAUAUAAAACACUCCGCUACGCGUCGUGUUUUAUAUGUGAUAAAACACUCCUACUCGUGCUUUAAAUAGUACUUAUCAUUCCUGUAUAUAGUAGAGUUCACUGACUAGCGAAGUCUAAAGUUCAUCAAAUAUCGCGGGCGCAUGGUCUAUGGGUGGUCAUCCAACUGAUCUCAAAAUAUCGCUGUUUGCCAGGAGUGAAGAAGAGAAAAAUAUAAAAAAUACAUGUAAGAAAGCUUGGAAAAUCGUUUCACAUAACCAAUUCUAAAACUUUCUUUCAUUUUUUAAACGAAACAUUUAUAAGAAUUGAUUUAGUAUGAGAAAUCCUAAAAUACAGCCUGGGGCAGUUUGUUUCAACUAUUUAUGUAUGAUUUUGUAUUAUUAUGGACUUUGUUCUUGUUGUUCAAAUCUUUCCUAUGCGUUGUAUGCGAAAGUUUCUUAAUUAAAUUAACUUUUGUAGAAGUUCAUGAUAAAAAGGAAAGCAAAUUAUUUUUAUGCGGGGUAGGGGGGUAAAUAGGUUUUCGGAUUUCACAGAAAAAAUUGUUCGGAUUUCGGAUCUGGCAUGGCGAAUAUUUUACACGGAUUUGCGAAUCUUAUUAAUACAGCGGAUUGCGGAUUUUUCUAAUAUUUUGGUUCAGAUUGUGGAUUUAGCUUGUAAUUUAGUUCGGAUCCUGGAUUGUGAUUUCAUAGUAGAACUUUUAGCGGAUUCAAAUUUAGACAAGACCAUUGUCGGAUUGCGGAUUUUGCUUCAAAUUUGGACGGAUCGGCGGAUUUGUAUACCCCUAUUCACCCCUCCCCCCUUUAUUAGCGUCUUGUACGAAUUAAAUUUAUUUCAUUUCAAAGUGCGAGUAUUCAAUAUUAAAGUUGAAGCUCAAGUUGAAGAGUUUAUAAAUAUCGGCAAAAAGCAGUUAAUUUCAAUUCACAUUUAAAAACGUUUUACGUACAGUUUCGUAUUGAAUUUUACAUUAAAAUAAAGCCUACAGAAAACAAAAUAAUGUAUUUACUUUAUAUAUUUUAUAAAUUGAUAGUUCUGUAUUUAAAAGUGUUCAAGUUCCAUUUAUUUUUUACAGGUUUGUACAAAAAAUUAAAAAAACAAUUGUCGUCUUGCCAUGACUAACAUGACGCGAGCCUACGUUCAGUGUUGGCAUAAUUACGAAUACUUCAUGUUGAAACAAUAUUUGGAAACAUAGGCGAGAGGUUGUUGUAUGCAUGUAUUUCUAGUUUUAUUUAUAAACAAAACUUUUUCAAUACUGAAAUUAUACUAAAACAAUUAGUCGCCUCAGGCUCGGUGAUUACAAGCCUAUAUUCAAUUUGCCUUCGCCUCAGUGAAUAUAGGCUUGUAAUCAACUCACCUCGGCGUCUAAUUGUUAAAUAAUGUUUUCACGUAAUUAUAUUAAUAAUAACAGUUGUAGUAUGGUUUAAUUUAUCGCCCAAUUUGGAAAAACAAACAUUCGUAAAUCUUUCAAAUGACACUAAUCCUUCGGACUUUGAUUGUUCUUGAAAAACUUGUUCGUACAUACCUUUUUCAAAUUGCACGCGGAACGACACUAUAACCUAUACAUACUAUAGCCAUUCUGUAAACAUCACAAACAGGAAGUCAGUUUGAUGAGAACGGAAAUGCUCGUCAAUGGUGGACCAAGAAAUCACGCGAAAAUUUUGUGAAGCGGGCAACAUGUUUGGUUGAAGAGUACAACAAAGUUAAAAUAUUUGGCUAUAAGGUUUGUGAUUUCUGAUCAGUUUCAUCAUUCAUUCCAAUAAUCUUCUAUUUUUAAAGCUUUAGAGCAUGUCAAUAACCGGCAAACACGCCUGAGUGUAGAGAUUUUCAUGCGUUUGUUUUUGGAUAUUCUCUCUGAAAUUAAAAGCGGACAUUUUGUUGCAUGGAUUUUAUUCACGUCUUUAAUACACAAAGCUUUGAAACGGUUUAACGUCGCUUUUUACUAAUUUUUUUACGCUUUCUGUUCAGUACUUUAUUCCUUGAAUUUUCUGAUUAAUUGGCGUUGAAAUUACUUGAAAAGUCUUUGAAUUUCACUUUUCCGAACCUGUACCAACCCUGUUAUAUAACCACAACAUAAUAAUGCACACUGCGUUUUUUAGGUGGAUGGCAAGAAGACAUUAUCAGAAAACAUUGCUGAUAACGGAGGUUUGAAGUAUGCUUUUAAGGUAAAUGGAAUUUGCGAAAGGUUGGGGAAGAAAUGUUUGGGUGCAUAGGGAUUUAAUGCUGCUGAUUUUUUUAUUCGGGAAAAGUAGAUGUUUUAAAGGGAAAUAGAAAAAAAUUAAGUUUCUCUCAUUUGGAAGAGAGAUUCAACAUUAUUCAAAACCUUUUACAGAUUUUCUAUAUCGUAUAAAAUAUAUUACCCUUCAUUUCGCGAGUUCGAUUCCCACCGUGGCCAAGCUAACUUUUUAGCUUGCCCGGUGUGCAUGCACACUCAGAGUAACAUCACAAACACCAUAUUCACCUGAGUACAUAACACCAACACACACAGAAAAUAAUCAAACAAAAUCGUUAUGCAUACCGCCAUAUUGGAUAUGCAUGUACUCAUCGUCGGAUAUGCGCGACAUUACAUGGCCAUUUUAAUGAUAAAUAUUUUUUACUAUAGUUGCUUAUUUUAAAUAAAGCACAAACUAUGUAUAAUCUUUCCACUGAUAUUAUUUUUUUUUAAAUGUCGAUCUGCUCUGGACCCGGGUUGUGACCUCAUUUAAUUAGAUCUAAUUAUAAAAAGAGAUGGCCGAUGGCUAAGAUAGUUUCGAGGAAUUUGUAAAAAGGAUUUGUAUAAAUAAUCUGAGCAUUCUGUCAAAUUGUGGCAAACAUAAUCAGGGCCGUAACCAGAUGCGAUAUAUAAUUGCGGGGGGUGCAUAUUCAUAUAUUGAUUUCUUUUAAAAGCGAUUGUUUUUAUGGUAUGUGAACAUGAAUAUAUUAGUAUGCACCGCGCGUCCAGUUUAAUACGGCCGUGGACACAAUUUUGUGUUGCCAUUUUCAGGACAUUAAUUGCGACCGAUUGUCGAGGCAUUCAACGAGUUUUGUCGCAAAGUUGAUAUCGAAAUUCCUUCGAGAAAAAUUCAGAAGUUUAAAUCAACGAACAAGAACACUGUUUUAACAGUAUAACCUUGCAAACCCCUGUGAGCUCUGUAUAUAUCUUAAGUGAAGACUCACGUCAAAUGGCGUUUGUCAAAAAAUUGAUAUCAAAUGCCAGCCCAUUUUUAUGCAGAGUGUAGCUAAAUUUCGUGUUUUGACUUCAUUGGGUCAUUCAAUUUAUUAUCCGCACCGUUGUGAAUGAGUCCUGUUUAAUUUCUCCUGUAAGGAUCAGACGUCCGAGAAGUACUCUGUAGUAAGUAUCUAAACCCAAGGAAUAUGGAUUUUUCCCCAAAAUUAUUUACCAUUUGCUAUCUGCACCCCCCGUACGGAUGAGCUUUUGUCAAAAUUUUACCUGAUUCCUACAGGAAUCGGAUAAUCUAUAGUUGAAAGUCGGGAGGGGGGGAGGUGUUACUAAAAAGUGACCUAUUGAAAUCAGCCUUUCGACAUACUUAGUGCGGGAAUAUAACCAUUAUGCCAAAAAAGUCCCGUAAGAAUCGGAUUAUCCAUUGGGGGGGGGGAUCGUAUAUUAAAUGAAACGACCCUUUGAAGAAUAAUAUUAUGGUUACCUAGUCCGUCAAGUUAAUCGGAUAGUAAAAUGUUUGCAAAGGAGAGAUCAUUAACCUGUAAUUUGGCUACACACUGCACCAAUAACAUUUAUCUAUCGUCUUUUUGGUAGGCAUAUCAAAAAUGGCGUGAUAUACAUGGCAAUGAAGAAAAGUUACCAGCUCUUCCUUUUAAUAAUGAUCAACUUUUCUUCAUUGGGUUUGCUCAGGUACGUAUGUUCUGAUAUAUACUCGUACGAACGAAAUCAUCACUUUCAUUUGCUCCUGGUGUUUGUGAGACCGAUUCAUAGCCAGCAAUUACAUGAAAAUACGUCAAUACGAGUAUUAUAUAAAUUAAAAUGCAUGCAGGAUGGGAGUAACUUAAACCAACCCAAUUUUACACUGUCUCUAAAGGUGUAUCACUCCAAAAAUUACUACGAGAUUUUAGGGUUGUGCAGGGGGGGGGGGGGAUAAGAGAGAGUCUGGGCUGAGUAAUUUCUGAGAGCUUUUAAAUUAUAGCUGAAUAACUGUGUACAAAGCUGUGACAAUAAUUUUCAACCAAGAAAUCAUUAAUUGGUAGGCUAAAUAUUAAGCUAUAUUUUUCAUGAGAUUCAAGGCAAAAAAGUAUCCAUCGCUGUUCUGUUCUGUCUUAUUAUCCUUUCAAUAUUUUUCCUUGUAUAUAGUUAUGGUGUGCCAAAUAUACAAAAGAAGGCGCUAGAAAUUUGAUGGAUGUGAGCACGCAUUGUCUGGAUCCAGUCAGGUGUGUAGUGUGAGAGUGUUAGUCGCAUGCUUCUGCGAUAUGCGUUACGUUUUACAGUGAAAAGAGUGUUUCCAGAAUGAUUCUACCAAACAUUGCAAGUUUUUUCUGGGUAUUCCAACGCGCCUCUCGCCCCGAAAAAGUUGGGCGUAGUUUUUCAUAUGUUUUGCAACAUUUGUUGUAAAUAGUGCAAGCCACAGAAAUGACAAAAUAAUACACUCUAUGUAUUAAAUUAAAACAGUAGUAGAUCCACAGUUGUAACAAUUUUGAUUUGAUAUUUUCAUAUUUGAUAUUUUGAUUAUUCUUACUACUAAAUUAGUAAAAUUACUAAUAUUAUGAUCUCAGAUGCCGCCAUGCAGCAACACCCUCCCCCAGAUAUUUAUCCCCCCCCCGAACGAAAAUAUGAAAAUCCGUCUCUAGUUUUGGGUAACUUUAUGUUCCUGCUUAAAUUUCCUGGUUAAUUUAACCACAACUUAUCAUAGCCUUGACUAAUUUAACAUGCAGGAAUCCUGAUUAACACCUGCCAUCGCUUGAAACAAGGAAAAUAUCACAAAUUUCGUAGUUAAAAAAUCACUUCGGAUAUAUUUUCUAACUUUAUAAAUAGUUUUAGGUGGGAAAGGUUUGAAAGUACUAAAUUUCAUGAAUAAACGGUUAUUUAAUCGAAAUUUCGUUUGUAAAUGUACUUGUGGGAUCCAAUUUGCUCGACAAAUGUCAUAAUGUGAAAUAUUCCAAUUUUACGUACUAUUUUAAUACAACAUGAGCGGCCGUGUUGUGUAACGGAUAUACAAAGUCGAGCCGACGAAUGGCUUGUAAAACGUUUUGGGAUGAGAACAGUCGUAUUCUUCGACAUUUUAAAAUAAAUGAAUGAUAUUUGGUGAGGAAAUUGAACUUAAAGUUUAUGUAUAAAGCAUGAUUCUGUAUCAGAUACACAAACUCCUUGCGCGCUCCUGGUUUCUUUUACGUUUCAUCAAUUAUUAAUGAGUUUCAGAAAUAAAAUUUCACAUGUGGAAUGAUAUGUGCAUUUUCCGUAAGGGAUUAUCUGCCAUUUUAGAAAGUCCAAUUCAAAAUUGCCUUUGCACCUUUCUGUAUAACUGUCUACUUAAAUUUAUCUUGCAUGAUAUAUAUGCAUGCAUACAUGUAUGGUUACAUACUGUAUAAUAAGAGUAUAUUGGUGGGCUGCCUGUGGUAUGAGACUAGGAUAUAUGUUAAAAUAAAGUUUAAAGCUAGGAUUUUGUUUGUAAGGAUAAGAAAUAGUUGGAAUUAACCCGAAAAUCUGAGUUCAUAUACGCGUACCUUUACUUGUACCAAUUGAUAGCACGGUAAUAUAUAACAUGCAUGCCAUUUGUUAAAAUUUUAUACUUUUCCAUUAACUUUCAGAGUACGAGUUCCAUUGUCCAACUUUCCUGAAUUUAGCAAGGCAUUUGAAUGCCCACUGCCGAACAAUACUUGCACGCUUUGGUAGACAGGUGUUUACUUAGUUAUAUAUUGAUAUAGUUAACAGAAAAUAAGUAUGGUCAGGAAGUACUGAUGAACUGCAACAUAAUUCCACGUUGAUAAAAAAAAAUACUUAAAGUCCAUUUGAAACAGUGCUUAUGCACGUUGUUUUUAAUGCAGAAUGCAAGUGGAAAAUUUGGUUUAGCUUCAAAUGUGAUAACUAAUGUCUAAUCUGUUUCAAAUGAUAUAAUUGUAACAUUUUGUCUGAAGCGGUUUGAAGUCAUGCCUAUAAUGGCCUCACAAUUUUGGCCGCCGUGUUUUUAGUCAUAUUUGCCCGAUAUGUUUCGGUAUAUCGGUACAUCUUUCGUAGUCCUAGUACUUCCAAACAUUGUUUUCUAUUAACUGACUGAGCGAGCUUUCAUUCUGUACUGAUAUAGUUUGGUUUUAAAUAUAUGUGAAUGUAAUUCUAUUUCUCGCUGUUAUAGUUUACAUAUGUAGUAAGAUAUAUUGCUUUUAUCCACAAUGGAUAUUCGUGCAAUUAAGUUUCAUAUCCAGAUCUUGUUGUAACCGCUUCUUGGAUAAUAAAAUGACCAGAU